AUGGAAGCACUGCUGUCGCUCUCGUUCGACAACAUAUCGUCGCGCGACUCGACCAAGAUCCGCAAAGGAAUCCGGCAGAUUGAAGGCCUGGUGGCCCAGAUCAUCCUGUCCAAACCCUCGGGGCGAUCACCACACAAGAGGAAGUCAUCGGCGCUCAACGACAAGCAGCAAGAUGGACCGAAACAGCUUGGAGAGCUGAAGCAAGAUGCGGCCUUUCGAGAAUUCUUCCGCCUCCAGAAUGGCUUUCAAUGGAAUGUUGCCUCACGCCUGCUAUCGACACUSGAAUGUCUCAUGGGAAUGGGCAACCCAGACGAUACGGAUCUCCUCAUCCUCGCUGCACUCGACCUGCUCCAAGGCAUAUUACUGCUGCACCCUCCCAGCAAGUGCCUCUUCGACCGCGCCACAUACAUGAACCUUUUACUCGAUCUCCUCGAUGCGAACAAUCCACCGAAGAUGCAGUCGCAAACGCUGCUAGUACUCGUGGCUGCGUUACUGGACUGUCCGCGGAAUACACGCACCUUCGAGUCUAUCGAUGGGCUGCUCACGGUCACCAGCUUGUUCAAGAGCCGGUCAACUACAAAGGAGGUCAAAAUGCGCUCACUCGAGUUCCUCUACUUCUACCUCAUGCCAGAAGCUCCCGUUGUCCCAUUUGAAAGCACGAGUGCACCCAAUACUGCAGUGCUGCAGAGAAAUCCCGACAAGCACGACAUUCGAGCAGAAAUAUCCAGGACACAUGCCGGAGACAUGGAAGUCGACGAGGUAAACCCAGACACGAGAACCACAGACGAAAAGCAGAUGCUGCUGGGAGAAUACCUCAGCAAUGUAGCUGAGCUUGUCGAAGACUUGCAAGAGAGUGCCCCAUUUGGUUGA